AUGUCCGGAUUUGUUACGCUGAGUCUAGCUCAUGACACGCGGGAAAUCGUACGACGUUUUCGUCGGAAACCCGCCAACAAAACAGGUUCAGUGCGAGACAUGACAGGACCAACGACUGCCGUGGUUUCCUUGGUUUUGGUGGUGAAUUCUUACGUCUUGUUGACGGCAGCAGCUUCGCAUGAUAAUCAGGCGAAAGUAUUUCUGCUACUGGACCUGGCCUAG